AUGGAGGAGCCUGGGAUCUUCGAUCGCUUCACGAAGCUUGGAGAGGAGCUCUUCAACAGCGCUGGUUCCCUCAUGGGCGAGCAUGCGCCGCAUGACAACCGCUAUAAGCACCAUGGCGCUCAACGGAGCCCAUCGGCAGAGAGGGAGGAGCCAAAGCAGAGGAACGCAAGAAGCCUCUCUCCUCCUCUAAACCUGCGAGGUCACUGCGGGCUUGUCAUCAUCCCCAACGAGCGAGGGGAGGUCGUCAUCGAGUCUAUCAUCGCCGGGAGCCCCGCUGCCAGGACUGGCUGGCUGUGCAACGGAGACGUCAUCUUCGCCAUCGACGGGCAGCGUGUGCCGCACAACGUGGGGAUGGUGAAGUCGAUGCUGUCAGGGGGAGUUGGGGAGAUGGUCGACCUGACGGUGAAGCGCUACGUGGUGGCUGGGGAAGCGAGGAGAGACGAGCGAGGAAAGUUCAGGUUGAUCAACGUGAAGCUUAAGAGGACGCAGGUCAUGGAGGAGGCAGCAGACGUUCAAGAGCUGGCACGAACGCGACCAGCUGCUGUCCCUCGCCUGCCCAUAGAACGCAGUCUCAGCCAGCACCAACCUGUCAAGCCUUCUGCCCCUGCGACUGAAGAAGUUAACCCGCAUAAGGCACCUGUGAUUUCUCGACCCCGCCUGCCCAUCAGGCUUGCGGCACCUCAGCCUCAGUCCUCCAGUCCCUCUGCCUCCAACGGCCACCAGCAUGUCGAUGAGAGUGGAAGAGGAGGGGCUGAGACAGGGCGGCUGCAGCAGGACGUGAAGGCUCUGUCGUUAGAGAGAACCAUGCUGCUCGCCAGCAUCGAAGAACUCAAGCGCGAGGCGACGCAGAGAAAGGAGGAGAUCGAGCAGCUGCAGUCCAACCGGCUGUCACUCCAGGAGAGUCUGCAGGAGUACGAGAGGGACAGGCAGUAUGUGCUCGCGCAGACCCGAGCGGCGCAGGAGGAGAUGCGGGAAGCGCUUGCAGCUGUGGAGGAGCUCGGGAUCGGGUUCAAGUCCAUGACAGCCGAUGUGGAGCGAAGCGAGGAGGAUGAGAUCAAGCGCGUGAUGACGCUGCUGGAGUCAGCCAACGAGACUCAGAAGCAUCUCAACGAGACCGUCAUGGCCGUCGGGAAGCUCGCGAAGCGUGUCGAGGCAAACAAGAACUCGGACGAGCGACAAGGAUCAGCUGGCGAUCAGCUGCUAGAGCAAGUGACGGCAGAGAGAGAGGACGCGAGAGGGAGAGAAGCAUCGAUGAGCCUCGUGCUGCAGCAGACCCGUGGGGAGCUCGCGGAAAUGCGAUCGAAGAUGGCGAGGAUGGAAGGCGAGCUGCUGGAGGCGAGGCAGAACUUACAGGCCACGCAGCAGGAGAGGAAGUCGGCGAGGGAUGAGGCGGAGAGGUGGAGGAUGCGAUGCGAAGUGAUCUCGCAGGCGGAAAGAGAUCUCAGCCAGUCGCUGCAAGAGAUGGGGAAAGAGAGGAGCAUGCUGCAGGAAAGGAUGAGGCAGCAGGAUGCCCUUGUGGAUCAGCUGGCUGUCAGGAUAAUCAGCCUCCACGAGCUAGCGAGAGGAGGCGAGAGGAGCGGAGAGACGAGGAGCGAGCAGCUCCCCAACAUGCUUGAGGAGGUACAUCAACACAUGGAGCGACUGACAAGGUCGAAAGGACAAGAGUUUCCUGCCGUUGACGAGCACGAGACAAGAGAGUCGCUUGAGAAGAAGCUGGCGGAGAUGCGAGAGAUGAUGGACAGGGCGAGGAAGUUCUACCAGGACUACAAGGAGGGGAAGGAGAUCGAGCUCAGGGCCCUCGAGUACGAGCUUGUCCAACAAGCCGCUCGCUUCCGGCGACGCGAGAGCGAGCGUCAAGUGACGAUGUUGAACCCUCGGGGCCAUCGCUCGCUCUCACCCGUCAGCCGGCGAUCCAUCGACAAGGCCUCGGAGGUCAGGCAAGUCUGACCGUACGGUCCGAGCGCCGGGCAGGCGCUGACACGGCGCGGCCGGCCGCGUGACUCUGUGAGCCUGCGGUCCGUCAGGCGGGCGGGCGGUCGGUCCCGGUGCGGCGGCCACGUGGCGGCCCGGGGGGCGGCGGAGGGGCGCGGCGACUCAGUCGGAGGCCGCCGGCGGCGCCGCGCGCGCCGCGGCAAGCCUCGGAGUCCGCCGAGUCACCGUCGGGGGCGGGCCAUCACGAGUCAUGCGGCGGAGUCCGGUCCCGGAUGUGACACUGGCUGCCGUACAGUACGGUGCCCCGCCAGGCGGUGCGGCACUGAAGCCCGGCGUACUGAGGCUGAUCCGACGGAUGCGAGAGUCACCGCCGCCGAGGCGAGCUGCCAGCGGCCCGGCGCCGAGCCUGAGUGAGGGCCCGGGCCAGGACGUAGUACCCGGCGUACGGUUUCCGCCCCGGCGGAGGCAACUUGACUCCGCGGCUGCCCGGCCAGGCGAACCGUUCGGAAGGCUUGCCAGUGACUGUGACUCCCGGGCCGAGCUUAGUAAAUUAAUUAUACUACGGCUCAGUCGCCGCGCCC